AAAGAAAACAGACAGUAAAAUGACGGUAAAAACUCGUUCAAACAUCGCAAAAAAGAUUGAGAAGGACGGCGGCCCAGAGACGCAAUAUCUCGCCGUGGAUCCAAAUGAAAUUAUUCAACUUCAAGAGGAGAGCAAGAAGAUCCCAUAUAAAAUGGAAAUUGUGUGGCGUAACGUGGCUCUCUUUGCUGCUCUUCACUUCGCUGCAGCCAUCGGACUCUACCAGCUCAUCUUCGAGGCAAAAUGGCAAACCGUGAUUUUCACAUUCCUUCUGUAUGUGUUCGGAGGAUUUGGAAUAACCGCCGGAGCUCAUCGUCUCUGGUCCCACAAAUCAUACAAAGCAACAACUCCAAUGAGAAUCUUCUUGAUGAUCUUGAACAAUAUUGCUCUUCAAAAUGACGUCAUCGAAUGGGCUCGUGAUCAUCGUUGCCAUCACAAGUGGACUGAUACCGAUGCUGAUCCACAUAACACCACUCGUGGAUUCUUCUUCGCUCAUAUGGGAUGGCUUCUUGUGCGUAAGCAUCCACAAGUUAAGGAACAAGGAGCCAAGCUUGACAUGUCUGAUCUCUUGAGUGACCCAGUUCUCGUCUUCCAGAGAAAACAUUACUUCCCACUUGUCAUCUUGUGCUGCUUCAUUCUUCCAACAAUUAUCCCAGUUUACUUCUGGAAGGAGACUGCAUUCAUUGCCUUCUACACAGCUGGAACAUUCCGUUAUUGCUUCACACUUCAUGCUACAUGGUGCAUCAACAGCGCUGCUCACUAUUUCGGAUGGAAGCCAUACGAUUCCUCAAUUACCCCAGUCGAAAACGUCUUCACCACAAUUGCUGCCGUCGGAGAGGGAGGUCACAACUUCCAUCACACAUUCCCACAAGACUACAGAACAUCUGAAUACUCAUUGAAAUACAAUUGGACACGUGUCCUUAUUGAUACUGCAGCUGCUCUUGGACUUGUCUACGACCGGAAAACUGCUUGUGAUGAGAUUAUCGGCCGGCAGGUAUCCAAUCAUGGAUGUGAUAUUCAACGAGGAAAAUCAAUCAUGUAAUUCGAUUUUUAUGUCUGGUUUUUUGUUUUUAUCUGUACUGUUUUCAAUCAUUCGGGUUUUAUGAUACUGUUCCGUAUUCACUCAAAUAAGAGUUUUAAUUUUUCCAAAUAAUGAAUUUUUUCUUUGG